UCUGUAGCGCGGGGAAUUUCGAGUGGCCGAGGAGCGCCGGAGACCAGCGGGUAGCGGACCCCCCCUAGUUUCUUUAGAGGAGACCAUGGAUUCCCUGGUCGAGUCCCGGUGGCCUCCGGCCUUGGCAGUCAUGAAGACAGUAGAUGAUUUGCUGCGGUGUGGAAUUUGCUUUGAAUAUUUCAACAUUGCAAUGAUGAUUCCUCAGUGUUCACAUAACUACUGUUCUCUUUGUAUAAGAAAAUUUCUGUCCUAUAAAACACAAUGUCCAACUUGUUGUGUGACAGUCACAGAGCCAGACCUGAAAAAUAACCGUGUUUUAGAUGAACUGGUAAAAAGCUUGAAUUUUGCACGGAAUCAUCUGUUGCAGUUUGCCUUAGAGUCACCACCCACAUCUGCUGCUUCCUCCUCUUCAAAGAAUCUGGCUAUCAAAACACACACCGCUGUAGCCUUCAGACAUUCAUUAAAACAAGGAAGCAAGUUAAUGGAGAAUUUCUUGAUCAGAGAAACUGGUGGUUCUGCGUCAGAGUUGUUGAUAAAAGAGAAUGAAAGCAAAUCCAGCCCUCAGAACAAGCUGAGCUCUCCUGCGAAGACCAGAGGGAUACCUUCUGCAGAAAAGUCAGCUCCAGGUUCCUCAGAGGAUUAUGUUCCUGAGACACCCUCUACAUCAGCCUUGAAACAAGUUACUAAAGUGGAUUGUCCUGUUUGUGGGGUUAAUAUUCCAGAAAAUCACAUUAAUAAGCACUUAGACAGCUGUUUAUCACGUGAGGAGAAGAAAGAAAGCCUCAGAAGUUCUGUUCACAAAAGGAAGCCGCUGCCUAAAACUGUAUAUAACUUGCUCUCAGAUCGAGAUUUAAAGAAAAAGCUAAAACAGCAUGGAUUAUCUGUUCAUGGAAAUAAACAGCAGCUCAUUAAAAGGCACCAAGAAUUUGUACACAUGUACAAUGCCCAGUGCGAUGCUUUGCAUCCUAAAUCAGCUGCUGAAAUAGUUCAAGAAAUCGAAAAUAUGGAGAAGACUCGGAUGCAUUUUGAAGCUAGUAAACUCAAUGAAAGUAUAAUGGUUUUUACAAAGGACCAAACAGAAAAGGAAAUAGAUGAAAUUCACAGUAAAUAUCGUAAAAAACAUCAGGAUGAAUUUCAGCUUCUGGUGGAUCAAGCCAAAAAAGGAUACAAAAAGACUGUUGGAAUGUCCAAAAGAAAAGUAACAAAAGGAGAAGAUGAAUCUACAGAAGAACUAUCCUCUGUAUGUGUGGGAAAGGAAGAUAAUAAAAUGAAAUUCUCAGAUACACCCUCGGUAGUAACAAAUCACUUCCCUCAAUCAAAGCUGGACUCCCCAGGGAAAUUAGAGCCUGACAGACAAGAUCAUUCUUCCAGGUGUACUGAUAUUGAAGAGGAAGUUCUUUUUUCCUCAGAAACAGAUUCGUUCAAAAGUUCCAGUUCAGACAUCAUAAGAGAUCUUCUAGAAGAUGAAGAAGCCUGGGAAGCAUCACAUAAAAAUGAUCUUCAAGACAUAGAAAUAAGCCCCAGACAGAAUCGUCGAACAAGGUCAGCUGAAAGUGUUGAGCUUGAGCCAAGAAAUAAGCGAAACAGAAAUUAGUGUGGGUUUGCCAACUUUGCCAGUGCAAUCAUCAGAAGAUGGUGUUUUGUUGCCGUGUAGAUUCAUAUUCAUAAAUUUCCCAAGUGAAGAUGUUACAUUCUAAAUGUUAUGUUUAACUGAUUUUCAGUCUUUUCUGCCUUUCCAGGAAAACAAAAAUCUUACACAGCAUCCUUGCUUAGUCAGUUACCCACUGCCCCUAAAACAUCUCACUCUAAAAACACUGGCAUCCACAUGUUCACCAGCUUUGCAGAAGACACAGACUUGUUUUUGUUUCUAAGUUUCAGGGUGUAUUAACAUUUAAGCCAUUCUCCUGUCUCUUUCAUGGAGAAGCCAAGUUCAGAAAAGGAUCCUUCAGUCCCUCUACCACAGGGACCGGUUGAGGUGUCCAGAGCCUCUGUGUUUCUGGAAAGGCAAGCAGGGUGUCCUAACUCACGAGGCCUGGAGGCCAGCUCCCGUGUCACAGCUGUUACAGGAGGGUUUGUUGCCCAGGUUUCAUGUGGUCCUUAGUUAGACCCGUGUCUCACACUUGGCUGGAAGGAGGACGUUGGUACUGUAAUCUAAAGGCACAGAACAAUAAAAUACUGGCAUAUUCUUCAGAAAAUAGCUCCUACGAUGAUUGCUUGAUCUUUUUUUUCACUUGAGUGAAUCGAAUCUUUAACACUUUGAAUUCCAGCUAUGAAAUGGAGACAAUGCAAUAAAUGGCUUUGGUAACUGAACAGACUCUAUAUCAAUUUAAAAUAAAGUCCU